AUGAUGGACUGGAUUUACCUCAUCAACUCCUGGCCCUUCCUGCUUGGGAAGAUCCGAGGGAUCAUUGACAAAACUGCAGGGCAAGGACAGCAGAAUGGGACAGCGUAUUUUGGAGUAUUUGAGACAGAGCAGUUUGGCUGCCCACAGCGUGCCCAGAGGAUGAACACGGCCUUCACACCCUUCCUGCAUCAACGCAACGGCAAUGCAGCUCAUUCAUUGACAUCCUUGACGAGUGAUGACAACUUGUGGGCAUGCCUUCACACCUCCUUUGCUUGGCUCCUGAAGGUGUGUGGCAGCCGGCUGACUGAGAAGCUCCUGGAGGGCACACCUACCGAGGACACCUUGGUCCAGAUGGAGAAGCUUGAAGACUUGGAAGAAGAAUCUGAAAGCUGGGACAACUCCAAGGCUGAAGAGGAGGAGAAAGCCCCUGUCUUGCCAGACGGUGCAGAGGGGCGGGAUCUGACCAAGUGCCCAACAGAUUCUUCCUUGCUCUCAGACUGUGGAAACUGGCAGCCCCGAAAGUUGUCUGUCUUUAACUCCCUUUGGCACAUGAGGCAGGUCCUGGGUGCCCCAUCUUUUCGCAUGUUGGCUAGGCAUGUUCAUGGAAACCAAGUGAUCUGGAAAAGUAGAGAUGCAGAACUUGUCCAGUCAGUUGUUGAAGUUCUUCGAACGAUGCUGCCAGUGGGCUGUGUCUGCAUCAUCCCUUACAGCAACCAGUAUGAGGAGGCCUACCGCUGUAACUUCCUGGGGCUCAGCCCACACGUGCAGAUCCCCUUCCACGUGCUGGCCUCAGAAUUUGCUGUCAUCGGGGAGGCCCAUUCAGCCCCUCGCUCCAGCCUCCACCCAGCCGGGUGUGAGGAUGACCAGUCCCUCAGCAAGUACGAGUUUGUCGUGACCAGUGGAAGUCCUGUAGCUGCGGACCGAGUUGGCCCCACCAUCCUGAAUAAGAUGGAAGCAGCUUUGACCAACCAGAAUCUGUCUGUGGGUGUGGUGGACCAGUGCCUCCUCUGCAUUAAGGAAGAGUGGAUGAACAAAGUGAAGGUCCUUUUCAAAUUCACCAAGGUGGACAGUCGGCCCAAAGAGGACACGCAGAAGCUCCUGAGUAUCCUCGGAGCAUCUGAAGAGGGCAAUGUGAAGCUGCUCAAGUUCUGGAUGACGGGCCUGAGCAAAACCUACAAGUCCCACCUCAUGUCCACAGUCCUCAGCCCCACAGCCUCAGAGCCUCGUAAUUGACACCACUGUGGGAACGGAAGAGGGUC